AUGCCGCAUCUACACGAAUCUGCGCUCUUAUGGGCAGCCCUGGUGGACAGGAAAGACCAUGUGUAUCUUGUUCGAGAGACCCUUGGUCGGCUGUGGUCAAGGAGUAUUCACGGCCCACAAGCCAUCGACGACACUUACGUCAAAGACAUGAUCCUUCUCAGGACGAUUUUUGACAUCCAACGCACCCGCAUCCGCUUCAAUCCUCCUAGUCGAUUCGCACUCUCAGUCGAAGACUUUCUCGAUUGUCUCGAUUGUCUUUCUCAAGCCACAGUCGCCCUCUGUCAGAGCCGACGGGUCGACCAAAGACUCCGUCAAAUUCUGGACAUUUCUCACCAGGUCUUCUUUUCGGGUUUUCGGGCAGCCGCUCUUGCUAUUGAGCAGCAGGGCAACCGAAGUCCAGUGAGACGAGGGUCGAUUUCGCGACUUGAAUCGUGUGUCAGUAAAUGGCCACUGAAAGAUCGGCUUGACCCGGGAAGAGAUUGGAGUUUGGCCAUCUUUGACGGUCUUGUUGACGACCUCCUGGAGAUCAAGAAUUCCGACAGCUCUUGCGAGGAACAUAUUGCGCUUGAUGUCCCUGAUCGCGAAAACUUCGCUCUCACAUUCAAUCUGUCGAAGUGUGUACCUCAGGCAAUCACAUGUGCUACUCGGAGAUGCAGAUAUGCAUACCGAAGUGCGCUGGUUUUGCUAGACCUAAGAUUGAUGUUGGUAGCCGCCUGCUUCCAGUAUAUGAACGUGGGCUCGGACUCCGGACUUUCCACCAGCUCUUCAGAGACUACCUUCAGGCAUAUGGGUUCAACCUUCGUAACAGACGAGGUCACUGGGCUGCUUGAGAAGUGCAGAGCUCUUGGUAUCUACUUUGAUGCCUUGCAGAAUACAGAUGGAGGACGAUCUCUCUCUGCCUUCCUGAAUUAUAUCUCACCCGGGCCAUCCUUUGGAGAAGACGACGAAAUUACCAGUUGGAUGGUGGCAGCUAUUGGCGUGGCGGCCCCGUCGGCGCAUAGGAUUACGCAGCCAGCUCCCUACCAAACGAUCGUCGAAGAUCUCGAACGUCGCAACCUAAAAGUAUUUGACCCGGAUGGGCCUUUGAUGCGUAUUUACAAUCAGUUGUCCGAGCAGAUCCGAACGUGGACACCGCCACGGGCUGAUAUACCCCAAUCACACAGACUUGAAAGUCCAGAUAUAGCGUUCGAACAAGCGAUAUAUGUGCUAGGCUGUAGCGAUCUGCAUCCGAUCGACUUCGCAAUGCUUGCAGAUUGUAUUGUGUCCAGCGGUCGAGAAGUGCCCGAACCCGACCAAGACAUCAUCGACGUAUAUUUUGAUUGUCCCUUUCCCCAUCCGGAGAACACAACUGUCCGCAGGGCCCGAAGAGUCACUCCACUGUGUGAAAUCUAUGGGAGCCUGCACAAACUGGUCAGCCUCAACAUCGGUUCAGAGGACCCUACGCAAGAAAGGGAAGAUAUCCAUCUUACAACCGAACAGCUAUCAGACGGUUCAAUCGAGAGCAGGGAAGUUCUUUCGAGCGAUCAAGGAAGCACGAAUUCAUAUCCGCAACCUACUGCGCCACAAAGUCCAUCGAUGCCUUCACCUAGUCGGUCUUCGAAAAACCCAGGGUUCUUUGCACGGAUGGCUUCAUCUAUGGGGUCCUCAACCAAGGUCAAAACCCCUAUUCAUAGGCGAAGCAAAUCGGACUUGCUUCAACAUAGCCCUCACUUACAGUCCGCACUGAGCCCAGAUGCUUCAUACUUGAUCGUCUGGUCUCAAAACAGAAUUGGGCGCUGGGAAUUGAAUAGUGGUAAUCCGCAAUGGCAGGGGGAAAACUUCUUGCACGACAUCAUCCUAGCAGCCGCUGGUGCAUCCCACUUCGCCACUGUCACCCAGGAUGAGGAUAACAAGCAUUUCCAAUUGUCUCUCUUCAAUGCUGCCGGCAAGGUAGUGGGGACAAUGCAAUUCGAAAAAGUCCCACAAACUCUGGUAUUUUCGCAUGUCGGAACCAAGCUAGCUAUCGCCACAAUCGACAAACUGUACGUUAUCUCAACAGAAAGAGAGGACUGGGCGACUUCAUAUUGCAGUCACUCACUGAUACCAGGAGUGAAGUCACAUCCUCAAGGCACCCAAAGGGCAGAUGCGGCAUUCUGGACUCGCAAAGUUCGUCGACAGAUGGUGUCACUUUCUCCAGACCAGCGCCAGGUCUUCGUUGGAACGCAGUAUCAUGAUGAUGACGGGAGUACUCUAUUUUGGCUCUUUGACAUUCCCGAACGCCUAGACGAAAAACUCUCAUAUCGAGUGCGAUUUGCCAGGAAGAUUAAAGUGGAAUCGUCCGAACCAGGAUUGACUGCACUGCCAUGUUUCCAUAGUUCUGGGCAGACAACAUUCAUUAUCGGCGCUACUUCUGCUCACAGUCACCAACCGACAGUCGAGAGAAUUGGACGUCCUCCUCGAGAAGGAGGUCAACAGCCUAGAGAGGCUGCUCAACAGAUUAUUGGGCGGAAUUUAUCCCUCGACCGUAUGCACCGUGCCAUUGCGGUACCUGGGAAAAGUUUAUGCUUCGUCAUUGUCAAUGAGGAAGCCAACCUCUAUCUGGUCCGCAGAUCUAGCAGUCGGAACGAAUGGGAAGCAGAGCACGUCUCCACGAGCAUCUCAGACGGCCUCAGUCCUUCCGAGAGAAACAGCAACCGCCUGGGAGUCCAGAUUGCUGCGUCCAGCGAAAAUGAAAUAAUCAUCUUUUAUAUGAGGAACAAAAAGGGCCAUCUCACCCGAUACAACGCCUCGGAUCCUUCGCAGAAACACCAGCAGUCCGUCCCUCUCGAAGACUUCUACCCAGUAGCAACGGAUCCUAUACACCGUUCUUCGUUGCCAGACAGAUAG